GGGUAGGGCAGGAGGAGGAAUAAUAAUAAAAUUACAAGAGUAAGUUAGCAAACAGUGUAGUAGUAGUAGUACAUAUCCCAAGUAAAUAAUCCCCACGUUCACACAAACACUUCACUUAUCUAUUCUCAUUUCUUAAUGUGAAUGUGUACAUAAAUAUGUGCAUGACUCUGUUCUGCUGCUGAGUGCUGACUAUCAUUUUAUAUACAUCGCGUAAAAACAUUCAAUAUUUGUUUGAGUUACUGGUGCUAACAGAGAUGGAGUAUUUGUAUAGCCAAGAACUUGUUGCAAACCCUUCAUCAAAUAUUUAUGAGUCGAGCUUGGUGGAGAUAUUUAAGGCGGGCAGCUCCAAUGUCGCAACAGCUGAAACGGCAAAAUCAGUGGCAGCAUGCAAGAAUCACAGUGAGGCUGAGAGGAGAAGACGAAAGCGCAUCAAUGGCCAUCUCUCCACCCUUCGCACUCUCCUCCCCUCUACAAUCAAAACCGACAAGGCGUCCUUGCUAGCUGAAGUGGUGCGGCGUGUUAAGGAACUCAAAGAGACCACAUCAGAAUUAGCAGCAGCAGCACCAAGCCACGACAAUAAUAAUGAGAUAAAUACGUCUGACGAUCAUCGCAAUCAUGAUGAGUACAUGAUGGUUCCAAGCGAGGCAGAUGAGCUGCACUUGUUUCAUUGCGACCAGUAUUUUGGGACAGUAAAGGCAGUUGUAUGCUGUGAGGACCGGCCAGAGCUCAUGUCAGAUGUCAUAAGGGCUUUAAAUUCGGUACAAGCCAGAGUUGUGAGAGCAGAGAUGGCUACGAUAGGAGGGAGAACAAAAUUAGUGUUGUGGCUACUGCAUGGUUCACUAAACAGCGAUGAAGGUUUAACUGCGAUGAGGCGGGCUCUGGUCAUGGUUAUGGGGAGCGCCAGGGUUGUGUUGUCGGAUUCCAGCCAGGAUUUGCCAGGCGGUAAGCGGAUUCGUAGGUCUCAUUAUUAGUUGCAUGAUUAAUUUUGGAUUUGGAGCAGUUUUCGAAUUUUGCAGAAUUGUGCUAAUUAUUUAGUUAAAAGUUCAAUAGGCCUUCCUACCAAACACCUCCAAACUUGUUGUCUGAGAUGGACUUUUUUGAUAGCUUGUGCUCAGAAAUCAUCUCCUUGGUUAGUGACAUGUGUUACCAACAUUACUCAUAUGUUGGCUAGUCAAGUUAAGAGGGUGAACUAACAAUCUUUUAUUUCUCUCCAACCACGUCUAACCAAACUCCAGAAUCGCCCCUUUUACACCUAACCCCCAUCUUAUAAAUAGCCAUUGCGGAUCUCCAUUAUUCAGCAACUCAAAUAUACUACACAAACCUGCAAUAAACAUACAACAAAAUGGCUGCUGCUACAUUAAAUACAUAUAAUGGCUUCAUAUUUAUCAUCAUCAUGGUGUCGGUUUCGAGCAUUGAAACUAGCUUAGCUGCUCGUCAACUUCUCCAGGCUUCUCCUCCUUUGCCUGCAAUUCCGUCCCUGCCUAAGGUCACAUUGCCUCCUCUGCCUGCUACGCCAACACUACCCAAAACCGCAUUGCCUCCUAUGCCAACACUACCUAAAACCGCAUUGCCUCCUUUGCCUUCUACUCCAACACUACCCAAGAUUGCAUCGCCUCCUCUGCCUGCCAUGCCAACACUACCCAAAGUCGCAUCGCCUCCUCUGCCCGCCAUGCCAACACUACCCAAAACCGCAUUGCCUCCUCUGCCUUCUACGCCGACUCUCCCAAAGCCAACCACACAAAUCCCAUCUUUGCCAAAACCAGUUCUGCCCACCAUGCCUACUCUCCCAAAGGCGACUCUGCCACCUUUGCCAGCCACUUCUCUGCCUAACAUGCCGACGAUUCCUUCCUUGUUCCCCCCACCACCAUCUACCACUAGCCCUUGAGUGGAAGUGUUCAUAAUAUCUGCUGCUCAUACACAUGAUAUGAUUGACCACUUCACCUCAGAAGCCGAGUCCUUCAUCCUCCUAGUUUGUUAUGGGAAUGCUCAGAAGAUCAGUCAAUUUAUUAUGUUUUAUUUCCAGUUAGUGUGUUGCAUGUAAUUUAUGGCUUGUUUUGAUUGUCAUGUGGCUUAUAUUACGAUUCUAUCUUUGUAAGAUUACACAUUUUUACAUAGUUAUAUACUUGCGUUGUUUCUUUUAA